AAAAAACAAACAUGGCGGAUUGUGAAGACGUUGCUCCUGUUUAUUUAGCUAUUAGCAACAUUCCCGUAACAUUUCGCUCCGCGGACCUGAGAAAUUAUUUCAGCCAGUUCAUAGAAAGCGGCGGUUUUCAGUGUUUUCACUACCGACACCGACCGGAGGUUCUCAGGGAACAACCGGGGACCGAAAACACGGCGCUCGACGGCGAGGAGGGCAGCUCGGAGGCUGCCCAAGUCACAGAAAACGGCUCCGGGAAGAACCAGACGGUGAAGUCGUGCUGUUGUAUCGUCUCACUUCAUGAAAAAGAAGCCGACAGAUUCGUCAGAAUGUAUGCGGGGAAUCACUGGAUCAACUCGAAGGGGAACUGGCUGGCCAAACGUUGUGUUGUAAAAAGAGUAAAAGUUUCAAAUGACAAAGAUGACGGGUCAUUCCCGUAUAAGACAAAGUACGAGCGACGGCACCGAGUGUCCUUAACGGAGUGUUUCACAGAGGCUGACCUCAGAAGUUUAUCUGAGCUGAAUCCUCCUGCUCUGAUGCAGAACGGGAAUGUUGGCACACCGGUGAAAGUGUUCCUACAACUCAUCCAGUCCUGCCGAUUGCCUCCUCGCCUCAUCCGGAAGCUGGGCCUCACUUUUCCCAAGACCGGCUCUAACCGCCGUUAUGGCAAUGUACCUUUCCAGUAUGAGCACACUUGGACACUUCCAGCCACGGAGGAGACUGUAUUAACAGCUACUGGGCAUGAAAUAUCAGGACCAGGCACUUUUACUGCUCCACCCUCAGGAAAGAGGCAACUAGGUGAUCGCGUGGAAACAACAGAUGCUGAUGAGCCACAGGGAGAAGAGGAGGAUGCACAGUCAAAUGCAGAUGAUGAUGAUGACUGCUGUGAGGAGUGGGAGCGCCAUGAGGCUUUAAACGAUGAUGUAACAAGCCAGGAGCGAAGCAAAGAGAGGCUGUAUGAAGAGGAGAUCGAGUUGAAGUGGGAGAAGGGCGGCUCAGGCCUGGUGUUCUACACUGACGCCCAGUACUGGCAAGAGGAGGAAGGAGAUUUCGAUGAACAAACGGCAGACGACUGGGAUGUUGACAUGAGUGUUUACUACGAUAAAGAUGGAGGUGACAUGGAUGCCCGUGACUAUGUCCGAAUGCGGCAUGAGAAAAGGCUGAGGGAGGGUCUUGAAGAUAGAUCUGUACACAGUCAGACUAUUGGCAGCUUUGAGAGGUUUACUAAGGGCUUUGGUCGUCGUGUGAUGGAAAAGCAGGGCUGGAAGGACGGUGAAGGGUUAGGAAACAGUCAGAUAGGGAUUUCUGAAGCUCUUGAGAAUGAAGGUCAACAUCCCAAUUGCAAAAGAGGCUUUGGGUAUCAUGGAGAGAAACUGGUCUUACAUUCUGUCAAAAAGCCCAGAACAGAUUUCCAUAUAUCUACAGUGUACGAUAAACCCAAAAACAUUGACGAAGGUGACACGUUGCUGAGACGUCAACCAAACACAAGUAUGAAGUACAGAGGCUGGCAGCCAGGUGGCACAAUUGGACCACGAAGAUGACAUUAAUUAAAUUAUUAUUAUUUUAUGUCAUUUAUACUUACUAAUUUGCCUGACUGAGUUAUUAAAACAUUUUUCAAACCUUU